UUCCCUUUUGCAACUUUCCCGUUUCAGAGACGAGGACUAUUCCACCCCUCUGUCCUUAUCCAUCCAAAUGUCUGAUGACCUGUCGUUGCCUCCGCUUCCCGCAGUAUCGUGGGACGAGCAAUCUCAGAGCUUCUCUAAGCGUUCCCGCAAGCGUGGCCGUAAUAACUAUCAAGCGGGAAAUUCGUCGCCGCUGCGGUUUAAUUCGAGUGAUCCCGCAAUUUUCUCUAGUGAUGACGACCCGGGAUUGGACAAUUAUGUAGAGGGACGGCCGAAGAAACGCUAUGUUGGCACCUGGUUUCAGCAGCGCCCUGCGACAGACGCCGAUGCGCCCAACGCACUACUCCAGCAGAGGAAACGCACCUUGACAAGGGACUAUGACAGCGGCGUUUUCCUGGGCAGUGAUGUCACCACGGAUAGCGAAGAUGUCUUGGACGGCCUAGAGAUGCCAGUUCUGCCAAGGCUGCCGCAUCUAGAUAAACGGAUCCCAUUGUCGCAGGCUGAGAUGGCGGCCAGGCAGAAGAUUGAAGAAUGCCUUGACAGGGGUAACGAAUCGGUUGAUCUAUGGUCCAUGGGACUAGAACAGCUCUCCAACGACACCGUUGAACGCCUUGGCCAAAUUGCCAGCAUACCAGUUGUGGCCAAGGAUGUGGCCUUUCUGCCAAAGGAGCCCGAGCUGAGGUUGUUCCUCUCAUUAAACAGGCUAUCAAAUUUACCCGGCAAUAUCUUUGAUCUCACACAUCUUACGGUUCUCAGUCUUCGUGGAAACCUACUGGCGGAACUGCCCCCCGCGAUAUGCAAGCUGCGCAACCUGAAGCAGCUCAAUUUGUCUCAGAACCAUUUCCUCGCCCUGCCUGCCGAGUUUCUUGAUUUAAUGCAGCCGGGAGGAAAGCUCCGCGACCUGGCCCUGUUUGUCAAUCCGUUCAUUCUACCAGAAGGCUGCACAAAAUCCAAGGCAGAUGGCGAGGACGAGACUUCUCUGAGCCCUGGUCCCCGCACAGCACACAGGUAUAUAGGGCAAGUGGACGGUUCUAAAAUUCCACGAUACCUGACCCAAUGGCUUGGUCGAAGUCCGGUGCAAAUCUCUGACUCCCGGGGUGAGGUCCUCUCAGAUUUUGAGCUUUUGCUAGAGUCAGAAACACGAACAACGCUGCCUGUAGAGGUAUCCAGUGACCAGUUCGGCCUCGCGGCCUCAUACGCCCCACGGGCAGCAUCAAUGGGUUUCCGAAAGCAAGAGACGAAGCCGAGCGGCGUGCCCAGCUUGCUCGAGAUGGCUCUGCGGGCUUGCUAUCGGAGCAGUCAAAUCCGUGGGCUCGAGGCUUACAUCCCAGAAGGGCCGGCGCACCUCCGAGAACUGCUUCAGCGCGCCUCUACGCAGAAAGACAUGGGCGGCCUGACUUGUUCAAAGUGCCGAAAGACGCUGGUUGUACCCCCGAUGGAGUGGAUCGAAUGGCGAGAGUUGAGGACCAGCACCAUCAUGCACAGGCCGGAGCAAGACGUUACGGAUGUCGUCACGAAGCCGUUUACCAAUGAUGUGAGGGAGAUGCCGGUGCCUUUUCUUCAUCGGGCGUGCUCGUGGAAUUGUGGUCCGAAGGACUUGGAGAAGAAUAGGAGGUGGUUUUUGCCAGAGGGGUAUGUGAGCGUGGAACAAGUUGGACCAGAGGCUGAGAUUGAGUAGGUGAGGAAUUUGUUAUGAGAGAUGGACAGAAUGUAUACGUGUGUAAAGCAUUGCACAGGCGUUAUUGGAAAGUCGGAUAUUUUUGUGAAUGCUUUUUCAAAAUUGCAAGGGUUUGUAUGAAUGGUAAUUUGGGUUCAGGAUGUUUGUAUUUUUGGGUAUAUAGGUAGAUAAAUACAUGGGCGGCGUCGGUAAGGGUGGGAAUUCA